GGGCGCCACCGGCAGAGGCAAACGAAGCAUCAGUAUCAUAUAAAAAGCCGGCUAAAGUUCCAGUUCGAUAUCAGUAAGCCUUCUCAAGUCUUUCAACAAACAACAUGAAGUUCUUCAUUGCUUUCGCCUGCCUGUUGGCCCUCGCCGUUGCCAACGAAGAUGCCGGAGUCCUCCGUAGCGAGUCGGAAGUGAACGUGAACGACUUCAAGUAUGCUCUCAAGCUCGACAACUCUGUGGAUGUUGAGCAGGCUGGUAACCUCAACGGUGAAGAGUGGGUUGUCAAGGGAUCGCAGGCAUGGACCUCUCCCGAGGGUGAGCAGGUGUCCAUCCAAUAUGUUGCCGAUGCCAACGGUUACCAGGUGCUGUCCGCCAACCCCCCUCUCCCCACCCCACCCCCAAUCCCAGAGGCCAUCCAGCGCGCCCUGGAGUGGAUCGCCGCCCACCCUUCCAAGGAAUAAAUAUUAUAAAUAAAAGUGUUGAUAAAUAAAUGUGUUGAAAAUUAA